AUGACACCGAUACUGGAGAAGGAAAACGAGAACCAGAGACUUUUGAAGAUAAUUGCAGACCAAGCAGCCCAGAUUCAGAGACUGACUGACUGUGUGGAGUCACUUAAUGCCCAGGUUUUUAAGCUUACAAGUAUCAUUCAUAAAACAGUUCCCAAUGUUAAUUCUUCCAAAACAGCAAAACGUAGACAUAACAGCUAUUCGAGUGACCUACAUACUGAGACCGAUGAGGACACACAGGGUGAUCUUUUCACACCUGUGCGACGUCGCAAAGUGAGACUGCGCAAAACAGAAUUUCCUCCGCUACCGACGAAAUCCCCAAAUAACAAACAUUCAGGCAACCUAAAACCAUCUGUGUCUGUACCCUCUACCGCUUCUACUAGUCAGCCAAGGGAAAGACCUUUAUCAGCAUCCACACAGAGUGCUCCUCCUGUUAUACCCCAAGUGCAGUCUGAUCCAUUGGCUGGCUGCAACUCAUCUUCCUUGCCAUCCAGCGGAUCUCUAAACACACAGGCCCAAUCCCCUCGCCAGGUGCGUAUUACUCCAAUCGUUUUGAGAGAUGCGACAAAAUGGCGGACCUUAAACUAUUCCUUUGUAAGUCUUGGUAUUCGUAUUGAACGAGCAGUCGCCAUUGACGCUGGGAUACGUAUCAUCCCCAAAACCGAAGACGAUUAUCGCAGGGUAAUCCGUCUUUUCAAAGAGGAAAACAUUCCUCAUCACACUUUCCCUUUGCCCACUGAACGCAACAUCCAUGCGGUUAUCAGAGGUAUCCCAGCAUCAACCACCAAACAGGAGGUCAAAGGUGAGCUAGAACAGAAGGGUUACGCUCCCUUUCACAUCAUUCGCCUAAAGCGCAACGGCGGCGUGCCCAUGCCCUUGAUGGUGGUGAUCCUGCCUAAGACGGAGAAGUCACAGCAAGUGUUCAACGAGCACGAAUUGCUGGGGCUCUCUAUCAGAGUCGAAGUUCAGAAGAACUCUCGACUUAUUGGGCAGUGUCACCGCUGCCAGAAGUACGGACACGCACAGUCGUAUUGCACUGCGCCGCCAAAGUGUCUAAAAUGUGCCCAAGACCACAGGACACAUAUGUGCCCUCAAACAGGACAAGAGGUUCGCAGAUGUGGGGGGAACCAUCCGGCAAAUAGUCCGACCUGUAGAUUUACUCCUAGGAGAAAUCUACAAGUCAUCGCACAAAGGCGAGCAAAGUCCUACGCGGACGCAGCAAGAGAUGACACCUCAACUGCCCCUGCUGUUUCGAGCUCAUCUACGACUACUCAAAAUGUGGAUCUAGCUACAGCGCUCAGGUCCCUACAGCAGAUUAUUAGUCCACUGAUAAGCGCCACUAAGGCAUUGCAGGCGAUCUUUCCGCUAAAUGGCUAG